AUGACGAGUGCAACUACUUCAUCUGCCCUAAAAGGAGCUAUCCAGCUUGGCAUUGGUUACACCGUGGGGAAUCUGACCUCAAAACCUGACCGAGAUGUUCUCAUGCAAGACUUCUAUGUGGUGGAGAGUGUGUUUUUACCCAGUGAGGGGAGCAACCUGACUCCAGCGCACCAUUAUCCAGACUUCCGUUUCAAGACGUACGCACCACUGGCUUUUCGCUACUUCCGGGAGCUGUUCGGGAUCAAGCCAGAUGAUUACUUGAAAGUAUUUAACGAUCCAAAAAUGGCAUUUCCUUUAAUUAAAGCUAUUUCUUUUCCUCAGAACCUCAACCAGAACCCAAGGACUCUCCUUCCCAAGUUCUACGGCCUGUACUGUGUUCAGUCUGGAGGAAUUAACAUUCGUCUCGUGGUUAUGAACAAUGUUCUGCCUCGGUCUUUAAAGAUGCACUACAAAUAUGACCUGAAGGGCUCUACGUACAAGAGACGGGCGUCACGAAAAGAGCGGGAAAAGGCCUGCCCCACAUAUAAGGACCUAGACUUUGUGGACAUGCACGAUGGCUUGUACUUUGACACAGAGACAUAUAACGCCCUGAUGAAGACGCUACAGCGGGACUGCCGGGUGCUGGAGAGUUUUAAGAUCAUGGACUACAGUCUGCUGUUGGGGGUGCACGUUCUGGACCAGAGUCACAGAGAAGGAGACGUCAACAUUGUGGAUGGGAAGAGGGCCGUGGGACAGAAAGUUCUUUACUCCACUGCCAUGGAGUCUAUUCAGGGAGACGGAAAGGCAGCCGAGGCUUUGACCACAGACGACACAAUGGGAGGCAUUCCUGCAAAAACACACAGGGAUGAGAAACUACUCAUUUUUCUAGGCAUUAUUGACAUCUUGCAGUCUUACAGAUUCAUUAAGAAGCUGGAGCACUCCUGGAAGGCACUCGUCUAUGAUGGUGAUACGGUGUCUGUGCACAGACCGAGUUUCUAUGCAAACAGAUUUCUCAAGUUCAUGAGCUCCAGAGUAUUCAGAAAGAUUCAGCCAAAUCGUUUCUCCCCGAGCAAGAGGGCGCGGAACUCCAUUUCAGCGCUCAAAUGCUCUUCUCAAGAAGUGCUGUCCUCACAGAAGGAGGAGAAGGCCGAGGAGAGGACGGACAGACUUGGAGGAGCCCAUAGUCUUGCCAGUCUGGAUAGGCAAGUGUUCUGGUCCUAUAAGCGUCCUGACCUGGUCCCUCAGACUCCUUACCCGUAUGAAGUCUCUUCCUUGAGCCACACCCUCUCCCCGCCCUCUAUUUACGUCACAGAUCGGUACCGGGAGGCCAAAUCAAACGAAAGAUGUGCCUGCUCAACUUUUACAUUGGAGGACAGUGCCAUCUGUCUGACAUCGGAGCAAAGCACCAUGGACAUAGACAGAGAUGACGACUCAGUGCUGGAUGUCUACUUUUAAGGAGCAAAACGAGAUGAUCUUUCAUCUCUACCUUCCCCAUCACCUGCCACACAGUAGUCCCCUGGAUCCUCAUCUGCCGAGAGCGCCACCUGCUGCCAAAAAAGAAAACAUCCGCCAACACAACAUCUACAAACAUACUGGAACUGUAUCUGUACAUUAGAAUCACAGUGCUAAAUAUUUCCCUGGACUGGUCGGAGGGAAUAUGGCUACGAGAUUUCAGAUUCAUGGACAUCCAUAACCAAAUGCUGAUUGAAUGCUUUUGUAGCCCUUAUAUUACAGGCAGCUCUGGCAUCAGACCGAUGUCACGUCAUUCAUUGUUUUGGAAACAUGCAAUAAUUACGCUCCUUUAAUAUGCAAAGAUGGUUUCUAACAGCUAUCUUCUUUACCUCCUAAAGGAUCUCGUGUUUAGUGACCUAGAAUGCAGUGCUUGGCGAUUCAAACUCUAGGUAACAGAGCUGUUCAGAUAUUUGUAAAAGUGCAAUCUUCAUACAUUAUACAAGUGUGUGUUAUCGUAGUUCUCCUCACUGGAGUAAUAAUCCUGAUGUUUUAUUUCCAAACAAACACAGUUUCUAGGAAACCACAGAUGUGUGACUUUAGUUCUCAGACAUCUCUUAUGAUCACAAAUGUGUCAUGUACUGUAAAUGUAGGAGUGUCUUUCACAGUGUAACUUCAGUCAUGCUCAGAUUUAUGCUGGUACAUCAGCUCCUGAUAAUCAAGAGUGGAAUUCCCAUCAGCAGUGUGCGUUAUUUACAUAUAUACAGAUGCCAGAAUAUUUCUAUGUGCUAAAAUGCAGAUGAGAAGUCAGUCUUUCAUGUGGGGAUGGGUGAGUUUCAUACACGCUUAUACAUUCUCUCAGGAGUUCCUUUUCCUAGAAGCGUCCAAAUGAUUGCUUUAUGUUAGAUGCUAGUGCGCUUCUGAUUUUUAAAUGCCAUGUCAGAACUGUCUUUUGAAUAUUAUUAUUGCACCUUUGUUUGUUUUGAG